AUCAGACCUCCCAUCCUGGCCGUCCCUAUGAGCCUUGUCCCUGUGCUCGUACACACACACCGGCGCUACUGCUCAUGUGAGCCACAACUGUGUACUCCGGGAUCACUCACUUUACAUAAUAAGAAAACAAAAGUGGUAUUGAUGUCAUAAUGCUGAUGUUUGAUCCAGUGCCAAUCAAGCAGGAGGCCAUGGAGCCCAUGUCAAUGCCAUAUCAACACAGCUACAUGGAGCCACUGAAGACAAAUAAUAAAUACAGCGUCAUUUAUCCAACCCCAGGCAUGCUGCACAGUAAACUCUACCACAGCGCCGAAGCAUUUCCUACUUUCCAAAUAGAGCCGGUGGAUCUCACUACAAACAAAAGGAAUUCACCACCUUCCACUGGAAGCUCCCCAUCUCCUGCCAAAUACCAGUCACCCAAGAGAAACUCUCCAAUAAUAUUUAUGCCCUCCCCCAGUCCACCAAUGAAAAAAUUAACCCCAUCCCCACCUGCUAUGCCACAUUUCCCAAUGCCAAUGGCUCUUAACCCUAUAUUAUCUGCCUUCCCGAGACAGACUUACAGGAAUUCGGGACUCCUACCCCUCCUACAGCCGUUGGUUGUACAACCAGUUCAUGUACAGUCAUUAAUGUAUGCGCCCCAUCUUCAACAAUCAAUCAUGUUAUCCACGGUUCUAGCGGAAGAGAUGGAAAGUCAAAGCAACAAACACAUACCUGUGACAGUCCAUGAGUGUUAUGAAACGGCUCCUCUAGUAAAAAACAUAAAGGUUGAACCUGGUCUGGAACAACCAGUAACAGAAGUUUACCCAGAACAAAUGUCACCUGGUAUGAGUACGCCUCCAAAGGGAAUGUUCCAUGAACAUCACCCAUCAGUUAUAGUACACCCAGGAAAGAGGCCACUACCAGUGGAGUCUCCAGAGACGCAGAGGAAGAGGAGGAUACAUAGAUGUGAUUAUGAUGGCUGCAACAAAGUUUACACAAAAAGUUCUCAUUUAAAGGCACACCGGAGGACACACACAGGGGAAAAGCCUUAUCAGUGUACUUGGGAAGGAUGCACAUGGAAGUUUGCCCGCUCUGACGAACUGACUCGGCAUUUCCGUAAACACACUGGAAUCAAACCAUUUCAGUGCCCAGACUGUGACCGCAGCUUUUCCCGCUCGGACCAUCUUGCCCUCCACAGAAAAAGACACAUGCUUGUCUGAACGGCUCUUUUUUUUUUUUUAUAUGUAUUCAGUCAAAUCUGGAUUCAGCUGGUCUGAAUCACAAGUCUACAAUUCCAUAGGGUCAGUGGAUGAUGUUCUCUUAACCUCAUUGUACUUGCCACGGGUCAGACCUAAGAAUGUGAACUUUUUUUUUUUUUAAUAUGGAGGCUAAGCAGUAAUUUCCUGCCCUUUAUGACACCUCGGGAAAUGGAAAACAGACAUGGACAAUGUACUGCUGCACGUGUACUUGCAAGCCAUAUAUCUAUAUGAAAUAACUUAUAAUACCUGUAUUUAAUUAUCAACACAAUGCCUAGUCUGCUUCAUCUUGCCACAUUCCUUACACUUGUUAGUGCUAAAUUUUUAUUCUUUUUUUUUAUUGUCCACAAUUAAAGAAUUACAUUUUUGAAAAAGUA